AGGAGCCGCACUGGAUGGCAGGGGAGGGGAAGAGACUGGUGGCCUCACAUAUAUAUCUUGGCUGCAGGAGUACGACAGAGGAGGGACUCUGUCCCUCACCUCAUUUGCCUUCAGAGAGGCCACAAGGUCAAUGUCCCUAUCUCCUGUCCCCUUUCUUCCCACGGAACAACCUUUAAGCCUCACCACCCCUGUGCAAGGCCGCCUCCCCCGUCUGGCUCUCCUCAGACGGCCUGAGCCACAGAGCGGACGGCAGCUAACUAUGGGGACUGGAGAAUCUGUAGGCUCCCAGCACCGGUGGCGACUGCUGCUGCUGUUGCUGCUGCUCCCACCGUCCCACAUCCAGCAGGGUCAGGCCCAGGGACACGGAGUCCCUACCCAGGGGCAAAACGGGAGUGCUCAGGUCCCUCCUGCUAGGUACCUCAGCAAUGGCCCAGGACACGAGCCCGUCACUGUUAUGACCAUCGACCUCACCAAAGUCAGCAAGCCCUAUUCCUCCUUUGAGUUUCGCACCUGGGAUCCAGAGGGAGUGAUUUUUUACGGAGACACCAACACUGAGGAAGACUGGUUCCUGCUGGGGCUCCGGGAGGGCCAGCCUGAGAUCCAGCUGCACAGCCCCUGGGCUCGGCUCACAGUGGGCGUUGGCCCUCAGCUCAACGAUGGGAGAUGGCACCGGGUGGAGCUGAAGAUGAACGGGGACUCGCUGCUGCUGUGGGUGGACGGGCAGGAGCUGCUGAGCCUGAGACAAGUCUCCGAGUCCCUGUUGGACCAUUCUCAGCCUAGCAUGAGGAUUGCGCUAGGGGGGUUCCUCCUCCCCACCUCCAGCCUCCGGUUUCCGCUGGCUCCUGCCCUGGAUGGCUGCAUUCGCCGAGAUACCUGGCUGGGCCAGGAGGCUCAGCUCCCACCCUCCGCCCCGGGGAGCCCGGGAAGGUGUGAUGUGGACUGGCAACCUGGGCUGUUCUUUCCUCCAGGGACCCAUGCAGAAUUCAGUCUGCGAGACAUUCCGCAGCCUCACACAGCCCCCUGGACCUUUUCUCUGGAGCUGGGAUUUAAGCUGGUGGAUGGCUCAGGAUGUCUCCUUUCUCUUGGGACAGGAACAAAUUCUUCUUGGCUUACCCUUCACCUGCAAGAUCAGGAGGUGGUGCUGUCCUCCGAAGCAGACUCCAGACUCGUGUUCCCCUUGGACAUGGGGCUCCCUCUCCGGCUGAAGCUGGAUAUAUUCAAAGUGGUGCUGAGCCAAGGACAGAAGAUGGCAGCCCUUUCUGGGUCUCUUUCGAGAAUUGCCUCCCUCUGGUCCCAGCCUCAGGGCCACCUCUCCCUUGGGGCUUUACCGGGAGAGGUCUCUUCGGUCUCCUUUUGCCUGAGUGAUCUCUGGGUGCAAGGGCAGAGACUGGACAUAGACCGGGCCCUGAGCAGAAGCCAGGGCAUCUGGACUCACAGCUGCCCUCAGAGCCUGGGCAAUGACAGCCGCACCUCCCUGUAG